GACAUGGACCAAUCAAAAGCGGACACAGUGUUUGGCAACAAUACAGUGGACGUAAGCGCAGUUGUCGAGAUAACUAUUUAGUGUAGGGGUGUUGUUUCUUUUUCUAGUCUGGCCAGACUGUUACUUAAUUACAGUUUUGCUUCUGCUAAGUAGGGCGGCGUACAUUUUGUAGCAAGUUACAUCGCAAACCAAGCGCGAGAAGCAGUGUAAGAAUGGCGGCGGUGGGUUCUCGAGGAAAGAAAAUGACUCUUGUCAUAAAAACACCCAGCCAGGCUGUGGACGACCAAACCGUCGAGGGCGUCCAUUUGGACUGGACGGUAAAGGACCUCAAGACACAUUUGGCGGCCGUCUAUCCAACACAACCGACCGAGCGUGACCAGAAGCUUAUCUAUGCCGGUAAGCUUCUACCAGACCAUCUUCACAUGAGAGAUCUCUUCAGACAGCCUGACUCCAUCCCGACACUGCAUCUGGUUUUUGCCAUCAGGAUGCAGCGGCAGUCACCUCUGGGGGAAAGCUCACAGGUUAAAGAUAAAGAGCAGCCUCGUGUCUCCAGCCAAGGGCCCACGCCAUCCUUGGCAUCAGACAGUCCCAGCGGAACAGCAGAGCCAAGGCAGAGGAAUGUUCCAGCGUCCCGCCAAGCUGCUCCCGUAUCGCCCGGCAUGCCAGUGCCCCCCACACCACAGGUGACCCCGCCCACAUUCCCAGCCCACUCCCUGUACAGCCCCCAACAACUCCUAUGGCUCCAGCACGUCUACGCCCAACAGUAUCAACAGUACUACAUACAAUGCCAGGCAGCUUGGGCGGCAGCGGGCACCGCCCCCUCCCCCUCCCCGGCACACCACCCCGUCCCGGCCCACCAGGUACCCGUGCCAGCGCCCAUCGCCGACCAGAACCCCAUCAACAACCUCCAAGCGGCCAACCCCGAUCCGGCACAGGACGGCGCCUUGGUGGACGCGGGGAUAGCCAAUCAGAACAUGAGGAUGAACGCCCAGGGUGGGCCUGUAAUGGAGGACCAAGAAGACCUGGACCGGGACUGGCUGGACUGGUUGUACUCCGCCUCCAGACUUGGUGUAUUGCUCAUGAUCGUCUACUUCAACUCCGACCUCAGUCGCUUCCUGCUGGUCAUGGGCGCCCUCCUCCUCAUCUACCUUCACACCACAGGCUGGCUGACCGUCAGGAGGCCAGAGCAGGUCCAAGGAGCCAACCAAGACCAGGAGAAUAACAACACAAUCCCAGACCCUGCUGUCGACGUGGCGGAAGGACCCACGGAACCAAUGGCCGCCGUUCUGGUGCCUCAGCUCAGGGUGCCCGUAAUGUGGACCAUCUGGGUCUUCUUCAAAACCUUCUUCUCUUCGCUAGUACCCGAGGCUCCUCCGGGCGUGGCCAACUGAUCACCAAUGUGGUCACAUGAUGAUAUCAUGAUAUCAGGGGAUACUUUUCACAUUGAAAAGGAUUGAUUGUGGUAUCGAUGCGCCGCUAAGGGGGGGGGAAAGAUCUUAUCUUUGACCUUUCGCCUACGCUACAAAGUCGCUUGACCUUCCAUGAUGUUGGCGUGCCCCCUCUCCCCCCCCCCAAACGCUGGGAGGAUUAAUAUUUACACCAUGUGUGCAUGUUUGACCAGCUGCUGGAAAAAGGACGCCAUCAUGAUACCACCGAGGUCACACGCCAUUAUGACAUUGGCCAAAAUGGCGUUUUGUAUACGCAGACAAACGCCGCUUUUAUUUUGAAGGACGGCCACGGAAGUGUGUUCCGUGUAUGGAGAAUGUGUAUUUACUUCCAUGUGUUAAACUUUCCUUCCAUUAAAGAUGUAAAAC